AUGGAGCUAAGGAACCACACUGUUGUGACUGAGUUCAUCUUGCUUGGUAUCCCUCACACAGAAGGGCAGGAACAAGUGCUCUUUAUUGUCUUCUUGAUCUUCUACCUUUGCACCCUGCUGGGAAAUCUUCUCAUCCUUGUGGCUGUGACAUCUGAUUCCCGUCUGCAUACUCCUAUGUAUUUCUUCUUGUGCAACUUAUCUGUACUAGACAUUGGCUUCUCCUCAGUAAGUACCCCCAAGAUGCUGGCAAUCCUGUUGGUGAAGAAUCAGGUCAUUUCCCUGGGUGGUUGUAUGUCCCAGGUCUUCUUCUAUCACUUCCUGGGCAGUACUGAGUGUCUGCUUUAUACUGUGAUGGCCUAUGACCGAUUUGCUGCCAUCUGCCACCCACUGCGUUAUACCAUCAUCAUGAACCGCCGGGUUUGUGCAGUCCUAGCUGCUGGGACCUGGUUCACCAGCUCCUUCCAUGCCACUAUUCUUACCACACUAACCUUCCAGCUGCCCUACUGUGGUUCCAAUGUGGUAGACUACUUCUUCUGUGAUAUCUUUCCUGUGGUCAAGUUGGCCUGUGGCAACACCAUCAUCAUUGAGACAGUGAGCUUUACCAAUAUUGGUCUUGUGCCCAUGACCUGCUUCCUGCUCAUCUUGGCCUCCUACAUCCGCAUUGUCAUUGCUAUUCUGAAGAUGCACUCAGCUGAGGGCCGCCGCAAGGCAGCAUCCACUUGUGUAUCUCAUCUCUCUGUUGUCACACUGUUUUUUGGGCCCUGUGCCCUCAUCUAUACCCAGCCAUCUCUGAGUGAAGUGCUAGUGACUCCUGUUCAGAUUUUUGGCAACGUUGUCACUCCCAUGCUUAAUCCCACAAUCUAUACUCUUAGGAACAAGGAUGUCAAGGGAGCACUGAAGAAGCUGCUCCAACAAGCUGUAGCAUUUUCAAUGGCCACACCCCAGUAA